UUACAUAGUGUAUUUGUGUAAACCACUGAAACCGUCUUCACUCUGAGGCAAAGAAAUGGCGGUCCGUGAAUAGUGCAGGUCUCUCUUCUCUCGCUUGCGUUGAAGCCGCCGCCCGCGUUCCUUCCUCCUGCUUGCGCCAGCAAAAGGCCCACCGCCCUCAACCAGCAGGUUAUCAAACACAGGUACCCAGAACUUCUUUAACGUUCCCGAAAGAUAACAUUCCACUUCCCAACAAAGAAGAACUUCCAGUUUCUAAGGAACGUUUGUCUUCCAGUAAACAAACACGCCGUAAGUGCAGACGAAUUGAUGGUUCUGAUAAGGAAGUUUUGCAAUUGGUGAUUCACCUCUAUCUUCUUCUGCAACCAUGGUGGGAUGGCAAAGACAUUUGCAAAGCUUGUGUUGUUGGGUUGGCAACACAGUUGAACGAAAGCUUCACCAAACCCCAUUCACCCCUUCUGGCUCUGCUCUUACAAGGACUUACCAUUCUUCAGGUCAAGAUCCUGGUUUCUGGAAUGUUGCGGGGAUUCCCUCCAAUCACAUACAACGACCAUUUUAUUGUUACUUACAGAGACUGGGGAUUUCCGAUUCGAGGAAAUUGCUGGCAGAGUCAUCAUCCGAUGCAAACACAAAUCCUGUGCCUUCCCCUCUGAUUCCUCUAUUGGGAAGUGGCAAGGCAGAAGACGAUAAAGUAGUUCCCCAGAAGUCAAAGGUUCAAGCAGUAUUAAAGGGCAUAAAACAGAGUCCUAAGAAGGUCAAUUUGGUGGCUGCUUUAGUACGUGGAAUGCGUGUUGAGGAUGCACUAUUGCAAUUGCAAGUAACAGUGAAGAGAGCUGCAAAGUCAGUCUACCAGGUUAUACACUCUGCCCGUGCCAAUGCAACUCACAACCAUGGACUCGAUCCAGACAGGCUUCUUGUUGCUGAAGCAUUUGUGGGGAAGGGGUUCUUUAAGAAGAGGAUAUCUUACCAUGCAAAAAUGAGGAGUGGGAUAAAAGUAAGGCCGGAGUGCAGGCUUACAGUGGUUUUGAGAGAGCUGAGCCCUGAAGAGGAGGCUGAGGUAGCCAGGCUGAGAGUCAGCAAAUUCAAGAAGCUCACCAAACGUGAGCGUCAGCUCAUGCCUCACCAGCUCAUCGAGGUCACCCCAAAAUGGCAUCGCAAACCUAAAACCAUGGCUUAAGGUCCCAAAUAAUACAUAUUGCUCUUGUAAACUUCUUACCUCUGGUGGUUUUUAUGUUUUCCUUGUUCCUUCUGUUCAUUAGAGGAAAAGAUGAUGUAUUAAUUGAGGUUGAGGUUGGGUUUUUGCAGAGGAUUUAUACAUGAUUUGAGAUUUUAGCAGCGUC